UGCCACGACUGCUGUUGCGGCCACGGCCGCCGCCACGACCACGACCUUGCCCCUGACUCCUACUUGAGUACCGCUCCCUGCGGCCCUCACCGUCGGCGAAGUAUGCUUGCUCUGCGCCCUUCGCCCCCUUUCCUUUCCCCUGCUCCAGCUUGUCCUUGAUCGCCUUGUAUUCGAUCAUUACUUCCAUUAGCCCACCGGUCUGCGUCAACUCCUUCGCGCGUCGCAGGUUGUGCUUUGUCAUGACAUCCUCGUCCGAAAGGGCAUCCAGGAAGAGGUGAAGGACGAACGUUUCGUUGACAGUUAGUCCUUUCUCGGUUAAGGACUUUGCGGUUUGGAGCAUCUCAUUUAAGGCGUUUUGGGGGUUUUCACCUCUAGAGAUCUUGGUCGACAUCAGAGACUUGAGGUUCUCUGACGGCUGUACAGAUGAUUCAGGGUCGUGUAUAGUCUUGAGCUCACGAAGAGCUCCCUGGGGCGUCUCUGCCCUCUUCAUGAUUUUCCGAUCUUUUUCUUUCAACGCGUGAGACAGGAAGUUCCACGCGUGGAAUGCGAGCUCUACUUGCUCGCUCCGGUACUGCUGUGACAGCGAAAACUUGCUCUUUCCGCUGUUGACGGGGAUCUCCAAGCUCCCGCUCUCUUCAAAUUGUUCCAACAGGUUUGCGCCAUUAGCUGCCAUGCGGAAAUCAUUUAGCUAUUCGAUGAAAUCGUUCGAUUUCCCGCUGAACGGAGGAGAAGUGUACCGCACAAUUUGGUACCCCGUCGCUGGGGUUGUGGCUCCGUAUCCAAAGCCAACAGCAGCACCACCAUCUCCCAUGGCACUACUAUAAUCUUGGUUGUGAGCAGCGGCU